AUGGAGGAGCACCCGCAGCUCCCGCCCCCCGCCGAAGCCUGGGAGGCUGCGCUGCCCCCGCACCGCGACGCCGAGGACGUCCUGUGGCUCGAGGCGAUGGACGCGCUCGUCGUCGAGUACCUCGUCGCGGCCGGCCUCGUGCACGACGUGUCUGACACCACCACGCAUGACUCGGGCGACGCCCCACGGGCCGCACCCGCCAGCGCUCAAGCGGCACCCCCCCCGUCGGCGAGCGAGGGCGGGUCGCGGCGGGCGCGCGGGACCGCGAAGCUGUGCGACGCGCGGCAAGUCGAGGCGCUCGUCCUCGCGGGCGAGCUCGACGCCGCGCGCGCGCUCCUGCACGAGCGCUGCCCCGCGGUCCUUGCGGAGCCGUCCCUCGCCUUCAAACUGCAGCGGCAGCACUUCAUCGAACAGGUGCUCAGGCACCGCGCGGGCCUCAAGGACGUGCAGCCGCUGCUCACGGAGCUCGCGGCGCUCGCCGAGCGCGCGUACCCCGACGCGUACAAGGAGCUGAAGGAGUGCUCCCUGCUGCUGACGUGUCCGCCGGGUAUAGGGGACGCGCCGCGGCCGCCGGGGCUGCCGAGCCUGCCGCGGCUGCACGAGAGCCGCCGCGAGCUCGUGUCGAUGAUCCUCACGGUCAUGUCGUCGGAGACGGACGCGGACGCCCCCGCGCUCCCUCGCCUCCUGAAGUACCUGUCGGUGCUGUUCAUCGCGCACUCGAACCGCCUGCCGGACAACAGCGCGGACCCGGGGGCGCUGUCGACGGCCGUGGACAUCAUCGAGCAGCGGUGCGCGGUGUCGGGCGUGCUCGGGUCGACCACGGGCGUCCUGAAGCCGGAGCGGGAGCUGCUGGACGGCGACAUCGCGGCGCUGUCGACGACGCUGAGCCUGCCGCGCGACAGGGCGGUGGCGGCGCUGGCGGUCGCAAACGGGGACCGCUGCAGCGCGGUGCGGUCGGAGCUGCACCGCGUCACGCUGACGGCGUCGUCCGUGGACAGCAUCGUGUACGAGUACGCCGUCUUCCGCGGGAUCAUCGAGGACGCGCCCGACCGCGUCGCCGACGACCCCGCCGAGCAGCCCGACCGCCCGACGCUCCGCCCGCUCCGCUGGAAGGCCCCCCCGCCCGCGCCCGACGGCGAGUACGCCGGCACCUGGGGCGGCUGGCGGCAGGCCGCCGGCGUCGGCAAGUACGACGCCGCGACCGUCCGCCGCUGCCACGACGUCCAGGGCCUCGCGUCGCGCGGGGACUACUUCGGCGCCGUCGCGGAGCUCCGGAAAAUCCGUGCCGAGGCCGCGGAAGAGCGCCGCGCGGCCGAGGCCGGCGCGAGCCCCGAGAGCGUCCUCACGGGCGGCGAGCGGUCGCCGGGGGGCGCAGCGGGCAUGUACUCGCUUCCGGAGCGGCCGGGCGUGGAGUUUGAGCUCCUGCGCGCGCACCUGCUGGCGUUGACGGCGCAGGGGAAGAGGAAAGAAGCGAUGACGGUCCUGCGGUGCGAGAUGGCGCCGCUGGCGGAGCGGCACCCGCAUCUUCUGGGGCGGCGGCUGCGGCGGGCGGCGCUGGCGCUCGUGGACGCGUCGCGGGCGCGGCCGGCGGAGCCGCCGUCGAUGCUGGCGCAGGCGGCGGGGAUGGUGGCGGCGCAGGCGCUCGGGCUGCGGCCGCCGGAGCUGCUGCUCGCGGUGUCGGCGUUCCUGGGCGGCCAGAGGCGCUGGUGGCGCCAGACGCGCGGGCGCGCCACGGACGUGUUCGAGCCCCUCUUCCACUGCGACGCGCUGCGCGCCAACAGGGACUCCGUGAUCGACCUCCUCUGGGCGGACGACGGGCCCGGGCCGCCGGCGCGGGAGGGCGAGGCGGAGGAGGACGUGCGCGCGUACGCGCGCCGGAACGGCCUGCUGCGCGAGCGGGAGGACCCUGUCCGCGACGAGGGUGCGGGGCGCGGGGCCGGCCCCCCCACGGUGGUGCGGACGGUACAGCGGCGCACGACCGGCGGCCCGAUGUUUGAGGCGGACUGGACGCUGAACGAGGACGCGGAGGAGAGCAUGGAGGAGGACGAGGAGGACGAGGAGGACGAGGAGGACGACGACGAGGAGAUGAUCGAGGACCUGAUCGAGGACCAGGCCGGCGAGGACGACAUUCGGGAGGAGUUCGACUUCAUCCCCGAGGAGAACAUCCAGACGGUGUCGGACAUGAUGGGCCUGAGCCGCACGAUGGCCAUCGAGCUGCUGGCCAACCACGACGGGUCCGUCGAGCAGGCGGUGGAGCACUGGCUCGAGUUCCAGGGAGCCACAGGCGCCCAGUGA